AUGGAAUUGGAAAGCCAUCAACAGAGCCAAUUUCAGCAAGGAAGAAGUGAAAAAUGCACGCCGUACCCUAACCCUAAGAGACAAAAAGUAGAGGAAAAAGGUGGAAACUGGUCGAAUCUUUGUCAGGAUUUGCUUCAGAUGGUGUUGGAGCGUUUGAACCCCAGCGAUUUCGAUCGAGCUAAGGCUGUUUGCUCGGCAUGGCGUUCUGCUUCAAGAGAAACUGCUCGAAAACGUAAUCAAAUCCCGUGGCUGAUCCUCUUCCCUUACGAGAGAUCUUACAUGAAUUCUUGUCGUAUGGUAAACCCUUUGGAUAAAAGUUUGGUUUACAGAAGUCGAAAUCUUGGUGUGGAGUUUACGCAGAUUCGGUGUAUUGCCACUUUUGGUAGCUGGCUCCUCAUGUUUGUCCACCAUCAAACAAAGCUCUACAUUCUAAAUCCCUUAACCCGCGAGAGGAUCAAUCUACCUCCUCUGGAAUCCCUCAAAAGCGACGACGACGACCCCUCUGAAGUUCUGGAUCGUUUGUGGAAGAAAUCACUAUCUGAUUUGAUUGGCUACACGGAAAAAGCAGUGUUAUGGGUAGACGAGAGAAGCAAAGAUUACUUUGUGUUUUGGUCGCGUAUGCCUUGUCCUAUCUUCUCCAAGAAAGGAGACGACUUUUGGAGGCUGUUUCCUUAUCUCAGUACUGGGGUACUCGACCUUGUAUACAAAGGCCACUUGCUCUACAUCUAUACUCUGAUGUGCUUCAUUGAGGUCUACGAUUUCUCUGGAGACUCUCCUCUCCCUGUCACUUCUCGUCCAUAUGCCUGGGUUCCUCCUCGUUGCUUGUCCUCCCAUUCCUAUGUAUAUGCCAAAAGGAUUGCUGUUACUACAUCCGGAGAGGUUCUUAUGGUCAGAUGCUGCGACAUCAACAGCUUCUACGUCUACAAGAUGAACCAUGCCACCGAAAAAUGGGAUCAGAUGGCUUCUUUGGGAGACCAGGCUUUGAUCUUCGACCUUGGAAUAACUGUCCCCGCCAAAGAUAUUCAAGGGAUCAAACCUGACUCUAUCUAUUUUAGUGGUCGUAGUUUUGGCACCGAUUACAUAUUUAUUUUCAAUCUCGCGACGCGCAAGGUGGAGCCAUUUAUGUCUUACACUAGCAAGUUCUUUGAUGCACGAUGGUUCAUCCCAAAUGUCUGA